GGAAAUGAUUGGUUGGCAUUGGCAACGUUUUAGCCAGGUCUAACGGCGUACACAGUCUGUGAAUAAAGAAACCGAAAGGAAGGGUUAUAAAAAAGAAUUCAGCAGAGGACUUGUGAACAUUUUUAUUCUUCAAAUCCACUCGUCAUAGAGGAGUGAGGAGCGAGUACAGACUGCAAACAGAAUGACCAGGUCUGUAACAAUGCACAGCUCAUCUGCUCCCAGGAUGGUGAAUAGUUACAAGCGGACUUCAAGCCCCCGAUCCCCUACUAACACUGGGGAGCUUUUCACCCCAGCACAUGAGGAAAAUGUGCGCUUUAUACAUGAAACCUGGCAGUGUGUGCUCCGAGACAUCAGAUCAACACAAAAUAGUGAACGUAAUGACCGUGGACCACAGGAGUAUGUGGAAAAGAACCCAAAUCCUAACCUACAUUCUUUCACACCAGUGGACCUGAGCGACCUCAAGAAACGCAACACACAGGACUCCAAGAAGUCCUAGUCUUUCUCAUAAUGGUCCAGUCGCUUCUUUCCACCCAUUAUCCUCGAGAACUUUUCCUCCAUCAGCCAGAAAGUCAGCCCUGUUGGCCAGUCUAGCACAGAAUGCCAAUCUCAUUUCUCAACUCUGGACCAUAGCAGCCCCCGUCUCUUUCUUUACCCUCUACAACUGACUGCGAAGAAAAGAACCCGGAUUCCAGGGAGCACAAAUUCUCUCGUCUCUUGGUUCAUGUUUUUUUCAAGUCACAAAAUCUUUACAUUCUUUAUGUGGAUGGGACUGAUGCAAACUUUCAUCAAAAUUUGCUGACAUCUGAUGCUGAGAUACAAACUGUCGACACUCUCCACAGGACACAAGUGACUGCAGUCUUAAAUACAAACCUUGUUUUCUUUAAUACUGCUACUUAUAUGACUUUGGAGGAAAAUGCGAAAGGGCUGACUUCUUUUUUUUUUUUUUAAAUCUUUUUUUUUUUAACGUUUGUUUGAUCAGUAAAUUGUAGAAGUAAUGGAAUGGUCACAUUGGAUAUACACUUUAUGGGCAAGUUUUGGAAGCCAAAUGCAAUGUAGAAGGCCAACAUUUUUAUUAUAAAUUUUUCUUGCCCUCAAAUGGACUUUACUAAGUAGAGACCUCCCCGAGUAUGCUGCCCUUGGUUGACCCCCCUCCCCUAAGCCUUGAAACAAAAAUGUUGAAUAAAAGACUUUUACAGUA